CGCAGGCUGAGGAGUGAGUUCUUCAAUGCUCUGUGCAGUUAUGGACACGGAUCACAGUCCCCCUAACUUAUCCAUGGAGCUUAGGUUUUUGCUCACAGCAUUGUGCACAACCUAGGUGUGGCAGGCUUGGCUUGAAGAAAUCUAUAUUACCAUGGCUCCCUAUGUGACUAUGAAUUUCUCUUUGGAAUAUAAUGAGAGCUCAUCUGGUGACAACUUUUCCCACAAGUGUAUGUUGUGGUCAGUAUUAAUACUUAUCAUCCUGGAAAUUGUUUUUGGAAACUUGCUAGUAAUUAUUGCCAUAGCCAAAACUCCUAGACUGCAGACAAUGACACAUGUGUUUAUUACAUCUUUGGCUUGUGCAGACUUGAUAAUGGGACUCCUGGUCAUUCCUCCAGGUGUCACUAUAUUGGUAAACGGCCAAUGGAAGUUUGACACUACAGUGUGUGAACUGUGGACUUCAGUGGAUGUCCUCUGUGUGACAGCCAGCAUAGAAACGUUGUGUGUGAUAGCAGUUGACAGAUACAUAGCUAUCACCUCACCUUUGAAAUAUGAAAUGUUGGUUACAAAGGUAAGGGCAAGGUUGGUGGUUUGUUUUGUGUGGGCAAUAUCUGCAUUAAUCUCAUUUCUGCCCAUCAUGAACCACUGGUGGAGAGACAAAGAUGAUGAAGAAGCCAAAAAAUGCUACGCAGAUCCUCACUGCUGUAGCUUUGUCACCAAUAAAUACUAUGCCAUCAUUUCUUCCACAACCUCCUUUUAUAUACCUUUAGUAAUUAUGAUCUUUGUAUAUGUCCGGGUUUUUAUAAUAGCUACUAAACAAGUGAACUUAAUAGAAAAAGAAAGACUGAGAUUUAAUGGAACUCCAGUGCCAAGCACAAAGAAUAGGAAAAAUUCCAAAAGAAGACCUUCUGGACUAAUAGCCAUAAAGGAGCACAAAGCUCUUAAGACUUUGGGGAUCAUCAUGGGCACUUUCACUCUGUGUUGGCUGCCUUUCUUUGUAGCCAAUAUCAUCAAUGUUUUUUAUAGAGACUUAAUACAUGAACGUGUCUUCCUACAUUUGAAUUGGUUGGGUUAUGUCAAUUCAGGAUGUAAUCCCAUUAUUUAUUGUAGGAGUCCUGAUUUCAGGAAAGCUUUCAAAAAACUUUUGUGUUUUCCUAGGACUGUUGAUAAAAAGUUACAUGCUUUAUCCAAUGAUAUAAAGAGAACUCAGUAUUCCUCCAGUACCCAGCUGAACUGUAAUGGGACCAAGCAUGCUUUAGAUACACAAGAAUGCAAUGGAAGCCUUAGCAGCAACAGCCGGUGUAGUAGCAGGACUGAGGAGACCAGUAAUGGGAACAACCUGCAUGACAAGUCUGACAUAUAUUACAAGAACUAUAAAGAGGAUCUUAUUGUAUGUUAACCUAACCACUCAGGAAAAUGGAUGAUAAAAGCUUCAAGGUCACCAAGUAUUCAUGAAAUUUACUUCAAAGUGACUGAGAAAACUGUAAAUUUAAUUUACAAGGAUCCUCAGGAAUUAAAGCUGCAAGCCUUUGGGAUGGAACCCCUUAUUUCCCAGCUGCCUUUAUACUUACAACCGUGGAACCAAAAAGACAGUGCAAGAUUCAAUCAUAUGGAACUUUUAUAAGGAGUUGUUUUCACAAUACAUGAAUAUGUUGUGUUUACUUCUCUUUUUAACCAUAACCAUAUGCCUUAUUCUAUAUUUUUCUGGCUACUGUUUUCAAAGUAUUUUCUCAGGGUCCUAUUAAAAGACAGAUUACAUAAGAUCAUGAGAAAUAACAUCAUGCUGAAUGCUUCUAGGAAGAUGGGAUAAUGCGGGAGGUUUAAAUCUGGUGUUUGUUAAAGGAAUAAAAAGUAUGUAGGGCUGUA